GUCGUGGAGAGCAGACGUGCGCUGCUGCUCCUGCGAAAUACUCGCUCUCGGGCAGCUAUAUUCUACCAACACACUCACAAGAACACACAAGCAGACACGCACACCUGUAAACCUAGCGCGCGCGCAAAUCGCCGAAAUUAAAGCAAAGCGAAAUGGAAAAUGCUUAAAUUUCCACGUGAAACGGUGCACAAAAUAACCGAGUAACGAAAACAAAUCGAAGCAGUGAAAUUAAAGUGGCGCUAUUGUUUUUUGGGAAAAAAUCAAUGCCGUUAAUCGACGCACACGGAUACACAUAAACGCACACGUGUGCUUCAAAAGCCAAAACACACCAAUACACCAAAAAAAACAACACACACAUACGCAUACAGAGGGCCUAACAAAGUGAAAGUAACGGAAUUAGCAGCACAAUUUUGAGACAACAACAAAAAAAAUAAACCAAAAAAGAGGGCUAUAAAAUAUAUAUAUAUAUAUGUAAAAGACAGGCAACAAAAACAAGCGGCAACAGCAGCCGCCAACGCAGAAGCUACCUGAGCAAGAUAAACACGCAAAACAAAGCGAACUGGGUCAGUAAGCGAAAAGGAGGAGUGGCAGAGGGGAGGAGAGGAGGAGGAAGGGCCAGAAGGGCCAGAAGGAGCAGCAAAAGUGGCCAGAAUGUUGCAUGUGUUGCAGCCAAAUGUGUAGCAUACUUAAUGGAGCAAAGGGUGCGUCGCCCAAGCGGAAAUUAACUUUCGAGGCUUAAAGCGUUUCCGGCCAACAAUAGACAAUGGCGCUGGGCACCAUCAGCAGCAGCCAAAUCGGGCGAGCCCCAUACGGCUUUAAUCCCAGAGUGGGAGCAACAACAACAAAGGUGGCAACAAAUCUAAUUACAGAACAACAAUAAGGUCAGGCCCUGGUGCCGCUGAUGAUGAUGAUGUUGGGAAACUUCCGCUUUGUUUGCCCGGGCGGAAAUGAGGCGCAAUAUGUCGUCCAGUCACUGGUUACCUUUCCCACUCUGUGAAUAGUGACCUCGAGCGAAUCGAGCUGAAGGAAUCCGGGCACAGCGAUUGCCUGGAAUUUAAUUAAAGUGCAAAAAACACGAACCGGAGUCCGCGAAAAGGGUCGAAACAAAAGAGCAGUUGCCCGGGCGUGGAGGGGGCGUAAAGGGAGGGCUGUGGAGGGGUGGCCCAUAAAUCUAACCACCCCCAACCAACCCGACCAGCCCAUGCUGCACGUUGUUGCAAUCGAGCUGGCCCACGUCCACUGGCCAAUUAGCUGCUGCAACAGCCGAGAGCGGCAAUCGUUUGGGCCCCAUUGAACGCGUACUCCGGCCGAGCCCAGCUGCCUCUCUGAUGACUGCCGCCAAAAGACGUGCGGGCAGCAGCAACAGCAGCGGCAGCAGCAGCAGCAAUGGCAACGAGCAGCAGUCCCUGCAGCAACAUCUGCAGCUGCAGCAGCAGCAACACCAGCAGGCCCAGCCCAAUGAGUACCAGCAGUUGCUGCAACACCCGCACCAUCACCACCAGCAACACUACGGCAACAGCAACAGCGGCAACAGCAACAGCAACAGCGGCAACAUCGGCAACCCACAGCAAUACCACCAGAGACAGCAGCAACAUCAGGCGACAUUGCGCGAUUGCUCCGUCAAAUUGCCGCUGGAUAUCCUAUGGCUACCGAAAUCGGCGAUGCGGCCGGCGGGUCCUGAUGCCUCGCCCACCGACUGCAUCCUGGUGGUGGGCGUGUCCCGUCCAAAAUUGGCCGUCGUCUUCCUUACGGUCAUGUUGAUCUCGCUGUUCCUCACCUUCCACGUCCUGUACGAUAGUGCCGUGUACAACAUCCAGGCGGCCCAGGCGGUCCACGAAAGGCAUCGGCUCUCCCUGGCCGUCUCCGCCUCCGCUUCUGCCCUGGCCUCCUCCUCGUCGUCCAGUUCGGGCUCCCACCCCUCCUCCUCCUCCUCCUCGUCAUCCGGUGCCGCCUCCAAUCAUCUGCCGGUGUUCGUGAAGCCCGUGCCCAGUUCCAAUCAGCUAAGCCAUCCCAUGGUCUUUCCCUCCAGCCGAGUGCACUUUCCCAAAACCAGUCGACGGCUGCCACAGGCCCUCAUCAUCGGCGUGCGAAAGUGCGGAACCCGGGCGCUGCUGGAGAUGCUCUACCUGCAUCCGCGGAUCCAGAAGGCCGGCGGCGAGGUGCACUUCUUCGACCGGGACGAGAACUACCUGAAGGGCCUGGAGUGGUACCGCAAGAAGAUGCCGCACUCGUUCCGGGGCCAGAUAACCAUCGAGAAGAGUCCCAGCUACUUUGUGUCGCCAGAGGUUCCCGAAAGAGUGCGGGCCAUGAACGCCAGCAUCAAGCUGCUGCUGAUUGUGCGGGAGCCAGUUACUCGAGCGAUUUCGGACUACACGCAGCUGCGUAGCCACGCGGCCACCGCCAUCCUCCCGCUGGCCGAGAAGGACCCUCCGAGUCCUGCGAGGGAGAGUUCUGGCGGCGGGGCAGGGGGCACUGGGGCCGGAGUUGGAACCGCAGCUGCCAAGAUGUCGGCGCAAUCGGUGCUGUAUGCCAAACUGCAGUCGGCCCGUGGCUAUGACAAUGCCCUGGUGGGUGGCAGUGGGGCCGGAGCCAAGGAAACCAAAGGGAAAACAGGACCUUCUUCGUCCAGGAGGCAGGCGGCGGCAGUGGGUGGGGCUGCGAUGACCACCACAACACUGUCGCCAAUGGCAAGCGCCGCCCAAAUGGCAGCCAAGUCCUUUGAGGAGCUGGCCAUAUUUCCCAAUGGCACCGUUAACGAGGCUUAUCGACCGCUCAGCAUCUCCAUGUACCAUGUCCACCUCCACCGCUGGCUGGAGGUCUUUCCGCGGGAGCAGCUUCUGGUGGUCAAUGGGGAUCGCCUCAUCGAGGAUCCGGUUUCUCAGCUGAAACGCAUCGAGGCUUUUCUGGGCAUCGAGCAUCGGGUGAAUAGUGAGCACUUCUACUUCAACGAGACGAAGGGGUUCUACUGCCUGCGCUACGACAACGGGGACCGCUGCCUCCGGGAGACGAAGGGCAGGAAGCACCCGCACGUGGAUCCCGUGGUGGUCUCCAGACUGAGGAGGUUCUUCGCCGAGUACAACCAACGCUUCUACGAGCUGGUGGGCGAGGAUCUGGGCUGGCCGGAGGAAUAAGCUGGGACUAGGAGACUGGACGGCAAAUGGAGGGUUCCUCGGACUGGGCUGGAUGCCAAUAAAUCUGCCGUUGGUCAAUCGUUUGGGCCGCUGUGCAGCCAAUUUAAUUACAAGGAAGAGCAGCCCGUGUAAAAAAUGGGGGCAAAUAGCGGGGCAAAGUUAUCCCGGAUUUUCAGUUGCCAUUUUCCGUUGCAUAUUUUCACGAUGGGCGGUUCGCAGUAUUUCUGCCUGGCCGAGUCGAGCAGCUCUGACAGUUCAAUUAUGUGCGCGUAUUGAAAAAUUGCAUUCCUAUUUUCCCAGACCAACCCAGCCCAGCCCAGUAAACCACCCACUCACCACCACCAGCACAUGCAAAUUUGCCUUUACACCAGCAAAGAACAAGCGAAAGAACAAGGAGUCACAUAAAAAAAUAUAGUAAAAUAAACUGCACGCAUUUUGGUGUGCAGCAGGCCAUGAAAAUGUGUGUGCAGCAUAUACAUCCUAUAUGCAUCGCAUAUAUAUCGCAUAUAUGUUGCGAAAUGAAAAGCAAUAUCUACAUGAUGUUCGAAGGUUACACGUUUUCUACGUCUGUUUGUGUUCUACAUGUCUGUUCUCUCUCUCCGUGCGUGUGUGUGCGUGAAUUGGAGUGUCUGAGAGCAUAAAAAUUAAUUAAGCAACUAAAUGUGAUUUUAUAGCAUGUAAGCAUAGGACAAAUUGAAAAUGAUUGCGAUGGGUGGUUGUGGGUAUUCGGGAAUUGGGGAGAGAGAAUGGUAUCAUAUGGGGAGUGAAGUGGCAAUUAAAAAUGUAUUUAGACUAACAGUCGGCUGAAUUAAAUGUGUGCGUACAGAAACAUGAACAAAACUAAACAUAUCACAUUUAGCAUAAUAUAGCAUAGCCUAGUGUAUACACAACAUAUCAGGGGUACUCGAGGUCCCCAAGCAACUUGGGUACUGAAUAUGAUUGAACUAAUGCAAUUCGUACGUUAUGUUACAUAUCGAAAGCUAAACCAACCAUGAAAUCGAAACAUAUCAGCCGCAAUCGUCGGCAAAUAUACAAGAACAAAUAUAUAUACAACAUACAUAUCUAUAUAUUAUAUACAAACGUAUCGUAGACCGUAAGUCGAGCAUCAAAUUUGUUGUAAAUGACUUUGAUUUUGACCUAGUUUGUAGUGCGCGAUGUGUCACGGAAUCGUCAUAGACAAACUUCUAGUUGAAUAUAGCCGUAUCCUAGGUUAAUAACGCACUGCCCAAACCAAAAGAAUAGCUUGUCUGUUUAGAAAAUUAUACUGCACCCACUAAGUGAUAAGUUUAUCAAAGAUAGUUUUUUAAUGCAUUUUUAAGACAGAUUAUUUUAUAUUCCCAAGGAGAGAAACCCAUAUCAAUUACGGCAACUCUACCUAUAGAUACACAUAAUAUAUAUACACUUAUCAGCUGUUUGGCUAAAGUUUAAACAUUUCGUAUGCAUAUCAAACUCAAUGUGAAAAACUCAACCUAGGCUAAUACUUUCCGUGACGAUCCAUCCAAUUUCGGUUGACACCAACAAAUACACGCGUAUGCAUAGAGAUAUAUGUAUACCCCCCCUUUGGUUCGAGUACCAGUUCUUAGGGAUCUUCAGCACAGAACUCGACUAGCGCCUAAUCAAUACUAAACAGAUAAUAGACUAUGGAAUGUAUAAACCUUGUUUUUACAGUGUAUCUCCUUAUAUACAUCCUAUGCUGAUCUCUAAACGACAAAGGAACCACAAAAGGAAUGAAACUAACCAAGCAAUAUAAAUUCAAAGCAAGACUGAAGGUCCUCCGCAGAAUAUUUUAUUCAUUUUUUUUGUCAAUCGCUGGUUAUUUCAAUUCUGUAAACCAACCAAAACAGAUAUAGUAGCAAAGACAACGAACAUUACUAAUUUGUUUAUAUUUUUAUACAGAAGUAAAAAGUACAUUAGCCGAAAUCCAGGGAGGAAAACCGAAAUGGAACCCAUUUCCGUUUUAAAAUAUAUUAAAGUAAUGCGAAAUUAUAUAUUAAAAUACUCAAAGAGCAAUUUGUAGUCACAUUUUGUCCUCUUACUUGAACUACGCCAAUUGCAUACAAAAUACAUAUCAAAAGUUUAACUCAAAUCUAGAUCCUCCAUUGAUAUUGAUAUAUUGAUAUUAUUGAUGUAUUGUCUACUUAAAUUGAACGUGCAAAACUCAACAACUAUAAUGUACCUUAAAAAUCAACUCUCUAUUUCUUUAACUUUAACUUAAACUCUAAUGAUAACUCAACUCUUGCAACUUAUUCAAACUUUCAAUGUACAUACCUACAAAAAGUAUUCCAAAAAUUAAAAAAAAAGAAAUCAACUUAUAACGAAGGAAAUCGUAUAGAAAUUCAACAAAUUGUAAGAAAACCAACAAGAAUCAACAUUUUAUGCUAUGGAAAAUUUUACGCAUGCAAUAAAUAAAUGUAAUUCGAAA